AAAAUUUACUCCAAGGCUUAAGGUAUAAAUCACGUGGCGCGGUAACCGAGUCAACUCGAACGGAAAUGGAGAACGCGGUGAUUCUCAGAGAGUGGUACGACCGAGUUGACUCGGAGAAAACCGGCAACAUCACAGCAGCUCAGCUCAAGUGCGCUUUGGCUGUUGGCAACCUCGAUUUUCCCCUCUCCGUCGUCCAACAAAUGAUCAGAAUGUAUGAUUUUGAUAAAAAUGGUACCAUGAGCUUUCAAGAGUUCGUGGAGCUUAACAAGUUCCUUCUCAAGGUUCAACAUGCCUUCUCAGACCUGGAGAAGAGUCGUGGAUAUCUUGUUCCUGAUGACGUGUAUAAGGCAUUGGUGAAAAUUGGUUUUUCCUUGGACUCUCCUGCUUUUUACACAGUUUGUGAGAGUUUUGAUCAAAAAAAGAAUGGAAGACUUCGCCUGGAUGACUUCAUAUCUCUUUGUAUAUUUUUGCAGUCUGCACGAAAUCUGUUUAAUUCAUUUGAUACAGCCAAGCAAGGCAGAGUGACUCUUGAUCUCAACCAGUUUAUCUUCUGCACUGCAAAUUGUAGAAUAUGAAACCAAGUUCAUACUACCGGGGAAACAUGACUUUCAACUGCCUCUGUACAUCAUAGGUCCUAGUUCUCAUCUUCUUAUGAUUGUUAUGUUGCUGGGUAACGUGAAACGCUCAUCUUUCAUUAGCAUUCCAGUAGAACCCUAUUUAAGUAUGAUAAUAUGUUGUUCAUAAUGUAAACAAUUUUUUCCAGACUAUGUGUUGAUUUGUUUGUGUGAUAAUGGAGAAUUAUUCUCCAAAUGUGUGAUGGAAGAGUUUCUGCAGAUUGAGUGUAUUUGAAUUUUUUUUUGGUUGA